UGUAAAUUUGCUCCACUGGAAAAUAAGGAAGUGAAAUUGAAAAUAGAUGUGUUACUUGGUGGGCUAGGUUUCAUUUUCUGUUAGUUACUUUUUGUUUCGACAGUAGAAUUUGCCUGAAUCGUAAAGUGUGAUAUUCUUAAAACUAAAAAGUCCUGUUAUGACUAGAAAGAGAAAAUUCGUCCUAGUUGGAACAUGAAAUUUUGAGUGGAUUAUUCACUUUUUGAUGUCAUUUAACUUUAACACGGUAAUUAGUAUGGAAGUUCUCUGCUGCGUCUGUUUGUCAGAAUAUAACCAUUUAUGGGAUGGAGGAUCAGGCCACCAAGGGUAGUGUACGCAACCUGCCGCAAGGUCAGAUGCAGAAUAUCCGACGCAUGUUUGAACAGUCAUGUGAUCAGGAAAAUGCAUCAGAACAGCCUGGAGGGACAGAAUCUCAUAACAAAGAUAUGGCUCAAAAUGAAACACCAUCUAACAGAAGGAGGCAGCACAUCUCACCCCCUCGACAUGUGAAUAGAGACAGUCACUCACCCAUUAGGACACAUCGCAAUGUCUCUCCAUCUGCCUCAACGGAAAACUCAUACCAUCCGAAACCAACACCUAGAAAACACAUAGAACAUGGCCUGGCCAAUUUGCCAGUGAAACAAUUUGGACAGAUCGCUAGCGGUGUGGCUCUGACACCGCCUGAAGAAAAUACUUCCAACAGAGUGUCUAGGGUCAGAGAUCAGUUUGAACAAAAUCCAUACAGAAAAACAAGUGAUGGUAAUAUCAAAGUCCCUCUAAAACCAAAGAAUAAAAGUCCUAGUCCCGCAAGAAAGUUCAGUAAUACACCCAGCACAGUUUCGGAAAAAAAAUCUCCAGUUCCUAUAAGAAAACAUAGCAAAGAUGAUGGCAACAGAGAAGAUCAUGUGUAUUCAAAGAUAUGGGAGAAAAACUCUGGAAAAACAGAUUUAGAUGUGCCAAAUUCAGAAGAAACUCAAAGACCUGUUAGUGUAUUUGAAAGGUCUAAAAUGUUUGAAGGUGCUGGAAGUAACAGUAAGCCCCACCCACCUGUAGCUCCACCCCAGUCUAAACCUUCUAAACCACCGCCCCCAUUUAGACAAAGAUCUUUUAGUGGCGAAAACUCGGAUAAUGUGAAAACGAACUCACAUGGGAAGCCUACCCCACCCCGUCCCCCAGUGAGACAAAGAUCCCUUGUAGAGAAAACAAAUGAAAGUGACACAAAAAAUGAAUCAAAUGAACAUCCACCUACUGCUCAGAAGGCAGUGUCAAAACCUCCGCCAGUAAAACCAAAGCGUACUGGUGCUCAUGAUGACUACAUAAAAGUUAAACUAGAGAACGAAGCAGCUGAAUCUAAAAUAAAACUGCAAGAGACGCAAAACGAUAAUGGCGAUAAUGUGCCGGUGACACAAACUAAAGACAAGAGUGUUGAUUUCUCCCAGAGAGAACUUCCUAAAAUACCAGUAUUAAACAAAAAGAAAAAGCCAACAAGACCACCCCCACCGAGGUCGAAACCCCGCCCAUUCUCCAUCGCUACAGAAAGUAUGGACUUUAGGUCAAGCGAGGGAUCAGAUUCAGAUGAAAUGUCAAAAUCAAAAAAUGACAGUGACAAAGAUGACAAUCCAUUUUAUGAGAUGAUUCCUGCUCAAGUGUUUCAGAAUAGGGAUAAGAAUGAACCCUUGAAGCAUUGGGACUUGCCACGAGCCUCACACCCUGAACCCAUCCGCAGAAGUCUUAGUGCUGAGUGCAUACCAAAAGCUGUUGAUGAUCAAGGUAAUGUAGUUUACAUGGACCCUGAUCAGCUAGGUAUAAAUAACGGGAAGAAUGGUUAUGAUAUUUAUGUUGACACGGAAGGAUACGCAGUUCCACAUCGGCUGAUUAGAAGGAAUAACUCCACAGAUGACACAAAUGAGUGGGAUAUGAUAGAUGAUGUAGGAUUGGCUUUUUCGGAUAAUGAUGUCGGACCUAACAAACCAAUUGGUGAUCGUGUGAAAUCCAAAUUUCGGCGUUUCAAGAAUCUGUUCACGGAAACGGAUAAACCUUCUCUGGAGAGAACAUCGGCUCCAGAUAAAGGAAGCCAGAAACGUAAAAUUGAAGCAAUAAGGAAUAAAGUAAACCAGGCCUUUGAAGUGUUACAAAGUUCCCUGAGACAGAAAAACAACAACAACCCCGAGGAAGUUGAUGGGGAAAUAGCAGAAAGACUCUCCAAUGAUUCAGACAGUAAGGUAGAUGAGCGGGAGAUUAGGAAGCGAGUAGAAUAUUCCCGCAGUGUCAGAAUCAAAACUUCUAAAAGUAUACGAGAGACAAGGAAACAUGAAAAGAAGAUAUAUCCCCAGUUGUUUGAACAUGCAAUGAUAGUCAGCCUGCAACAGAAUCAGGACACUGGUGUUUACGAGCCUUUUGUUGUGUACAAGUUCCCCGAAAUCCGCAAUUAUAAGCUUACUAUGGAAGGCAAGCUAUUUCCGUGUUCUGAGUCGAAAGACACUAAUGUAUCAGUGCCGUUGUUCUGUUUUCCCGAUGCUGCCAAUUUCAAAUCUUCGUCAUCAAGCUCAAAAAGUCAAUCGUAUAACUUUGUGUUGACCAACUUCGAUGGUGGGCGUGUCUAUGGGUAUUGUAGGCGGCUCCUUCCACCAAAGUCGCCGAACAAAGUUCCUGAGGUGAUUUGUAUCAUCAGUCCUAUAGACGCUUUUACCAUGUAUAACACGCUUCUGGAAGAGGUAGAGAGGAAGAGGUUCGUAUCCCUGGAUGCUGCACAAGAGUUGAUAGCUGCAUCAUUUGGUCGUCCACUGCCAUCACCUGGAGUUAGUGAAACUAUACGUACACUGGAUCAACAUGGUGAAAUGGAGACAAUAUUUGUAACUAGAGAUACAGACAACAGAAUAGAAAAUGUGAAUUGUGAAUGUCUGUUGACAAGUCUGGGCUCGGACAAGUUACUUAAAGUGUUUUCUACUAUCCUGUUGGAGAGGAGUGUUCUGUUCUGUGCCAAACAUCUUAGUACAUUGUCGUCCACUAUACAUGCUAUUGUGUCGUUGCUGUAUCCGUUCUCAUGGCAACACACAUUUAUCCCGGUGCUUCCGUCAGACAUGAUAGAUGUCGUCUGCUCACCUACUCCGUAUAUUAUUGGCAUUACAGUGUCACUGCUGCCAAAAACAACAGAUCUGCCAAUUGAUGAGAAUGUAUUAAUUGUUGACAUAGACAAGCGAACAUUUAUCAGAUCACAGGGUGAUGAGGGAACUCUCCUCCCAAAGAAGAUAGAAAAAGCUCUUAAAACAUCCCUUAAUAUGUGCCGAGUUGAUCAAGAUGCAAGAAAUUGCCCUGACCUGAUGAUCUCCGAGGCCUUUGUGAGGUUUUUCGUUGAAGCUAUUGGACACUACGGACAGUUUAUUAUCACUCAACAGGACGGUAAAAAAAUCUUCCAGAAAGAAAAUUUUGUCAAAGGUACAAGUUCCUCCACCCUACAGCAACUACUAGAAUGGUUUGUUGAGACACAGAUGUUUGAAGUGUUUAUCACAAAACAACUUGAGAAAACAGAUUGGGGCAACACUAUAGAAAUGUUCCAAAGUCGUAUUCAAGAGCAUAUGUUUACGAAGGGUCAGAAACGACGACUCGGCAAAAAGUCUAGUGCUCUCACAUUUUCACCAGAAAAGGACUGAAGACAUCUUCUUCAUCUAACUUUAUUCAUACAUACCAAUACUAAACUUGUAUUCUUGUUAAAGAAAAUGCAGGUUUUUUCAUCUUCUGAUUUUUUUCAUACAUACUGGUACUAAAAAUGAUGCAUCAGGGUUCACUCCACGAUUUUCCACCUGAGUCAUGUGCUACAGUCUCAUUCAAGUGGCUCAAACUUAUUUUCCAUGUGGCUUAUAAAAUGAGGAUAUUUUUUAUGCCCCCGAAGGGAGGCAUAUAGUUUUUGAACCGUCUGUCGGUCUGUCAGUCUGUCGGUCUGUCAGUCUGUCCGCAAUUUUCGUGUCCGGUCCAUAUCUUUGUCAUCGAUGGAUGAAUUUUCAAAUAACUUGGCAUGAUUGUGUACCACAGUAAGACGACGUGUCGCGCGCAAGACCCAGGUCCGUAGCUUAACGGUCAAGGUCACACUUAGACGUUAAAGGAUAGUUCAUUGAUGGGCGUGUCCGGUCCAUAUCUUUGUCAUCGAUGGAUGGAUUUUCAAAUAACUUGGCGUGAAUGUGUACCACAGUAAGACGACUUGUUGCGCGCAAGAUCCAGGUCCGUAGCUCAAAGGUCAAGGUCACACUUAGACGUUAAAGGAUAGUGCAUUGAUGGGCGUGUCCGGUCCAUCUUUGUCAUCGAUGGAUGGAUUUUCAAAUAACUUGGCAUGAAUGUGUACCACAGUAAGACGACCUGUCGCACGCAAGACCCAGGUCUGUAGCUCAAAGGUCAAGGUCACACUUAGACAUUAAAGGUCAUUUUUCAUGAUAGUGCAUUGAUGGGCGUGUCCGGUCCAUAUCAUUGUCAUUCAUGCAUGGAUUUUAAAAUAACUACGCAUGAAUGUGUGACACAGUAAGACGACGUGUCGCGCGCAAGACCCAGCUCCGUAGGUCAAAGGUCCUAAACUCUAACAUCGGCCAUAACUAUUCAUUCAAAUUGCCAUCGGGGGCAUGUGUCAUCCUAUGGAGACAGCUCUUGUUUUCCAUGAAAUGUUGCGUUUUCGCUUGCAACUUUUGAGUCAGUAAUUUGUUUCUGCUGUGUAAUUUGUACAAAUUUUUAGUGUGACAAUAGAAGUUGCAAGUGUAGCAGUUUUUGUGCCAAAAGACUGACUUUUCCUUGCAUGUUAGACCGGAUUUUUCUGUGUUUUCGCUGACGAUUGAGAAACAUUUUACACCGGGGAUGUAGGGUGACUGUUGUGCUGCAAUUUAUGAAUGAACGUAAGUUCAUAAGCAGCUGUGAUAAAGUAGUGCAUAAAAAGAAAAGCAUUCAUUUUAUUUUAUUUCUUCUAUUGUAUGAAGAAAUCUUUUGCACAGAAAAGAAUCUAUUACUGGUUGUAGGUGUGGAUGGAAACAUCCGUCUCUCAGGUAACAGCUCUUGAGGUAACUUGGCAGAGCCUCGUUACUGCCUGAACAGUUGUUUUUGAGGUAGAUAUUUCAAUCCCCAUUUUAAACCAGUGAAAGAAUCUUAUAAUUCUUUAUCCAUUGCUACAUUUAAGAUCUUUUUCAUAUGUUUUUGAAGCUUUUAAUUCUCAAAACGUUUGUGUUUAUUUUACAAGAUUAAGGUGCACAUACAUUAUAUACUUACAGGCAUGUGCUAAAACAUUUGUUUGUUUGAUAACAUUAUUUACUUUGCACAAUAUUUUGUUUACUAUAGAAUUGAUUUCUUUUUUUGUUUGUUUUUAUACAGCAUAUCCCUGUAAAUAGUGCAAUACCCAUAUCAGAGAAUAUUUACAUUUUCUUCAUGCUACGUUGAACAUUAUCCAGUGACUCAGUGAACUGUCAUGUUUAGUUACUGUAUUUACUCGCCUAUAGGAGUUUUUUUCCAUUAAAAAUCAUAUCAAAUAUUUUGUCUUGUCUAAUAAGUGAGUUAGAAGCAUUGGCCUAAAGUACUUAUAAAAGAGUGCAAAAUACUGGCGAUUUUAAAGUAAAUUAAAAGGGCCCAUAUUAUAGAAAAGUCGUCUUAUAGAUGGGUAAAUAGGGUUUCCUAAAUAGUUUUUGUUCAGCCUGUAUGUAAAUACAAAAGAAUGUUUUUGGGGCGAUUACUUUAGAUAUGUUUAAGAAUGUACAGCAUUAUUAUAGCUGUAUUUCUGAAGUACUUUUGAAGUGACUGAAACCUUUCUACGGUAGUCACAUUAGAUUUUGAUAGUAACCUUUUACCUUAGGAUAAGUAAGGAAAAGGGACUCCUUCAUCAAUACACAAAUAUUGAGGACUGAACAUGAAAAGAAAUGUUUUACAUAUCAUUUAUGAUGAAAAUUUACAAGGUAAAAUAACUGAAAUUUACAAGGUAAAACACAUCAAAAUGGAUAUGUGUUGUUAAUUUAAAACACAAUUAAGAUAUUUUGAAAAUCUAGAAAAAAAAUUCAUUUUCAUUCUUUGAGUUUUUUCAAUAUUCUUAUUACCAAAUAUUUGAAAAAUGAAUUGCCAAUAAAAACAUGUUACAGAAAUGAGCCACACCAUGAGAAAACCAACAUAGUGCAUUUGCGACCAGCAUG